GUAACACCGAACAACUAAACCAACGAGGUUUUCCCCCGAAUCUUGUAGAUUCCACAUCCACCUACCUUCGCCGUCCACCUUCUCUUUUUAUUUAUAUUCAUCGUCGUCAUCUUUUACACUCACAGCAGCAGUAUCCAUACAUAAAAAAAUGCCAGGAAUCAGAGCACCUUCUAACUAUUCAGAAGAACCUCCUCGUCAUCCUGCUCUCAAAAUCAACGCCAAGGAGCCCUUUAAUGCGGAGCCACCACGUCAAGCUUUGGUUUCUUCUUAUGUGACUCCUACAGAACUCUUCUACAAGAGAAAUCAUGGACCAAUACCUGUUGUUGAUGACAUCGAAAGAUACAGUGUCUCUGUUGUCGGGUUAAUUGAGAAACCGAGAGAGCUGUUUAUGAAGGAUAUUUUGAAUCUCCCAAAGUAUAAUGUAACUGCUACUUUGCAGUGUGCUGGAAAUCGAAGAACUGCAAUGAGCAAAACCCGAACUGUAAAAGGAGUUGGGUGGGAUGUUUCCGCCUUAGGAAAUGCAAUUUGGGGCGGGGCAAAGCUUGCAGAUGUUCUUGAAUUAGUCGGAAUACCCAAGUGUACAAGUGUCACACCAGCAGGUGGAAAACAUGUUGAAUUUGUGAGCGUUGACAAGUGUAAGGAAGAGAACGGGGGUCCUUACAAGGCAUCAAUUCCAUUAAUUCAAGCAACAAAUCCAGAAGCUGAUGUUUUGCUUGCUUAUGAAAUGAACGGAGAGACACUCAACAGGGAUCAUGGGUAUCCACUUAGAGUAGUUGUCCCAGGCGUUAUCGGUGCUCGUUCUGUGAAGUGGCUGGAUACCAUCAAUAUAGACUCACAAGUCUGCCAGGGAUUCUUUAUGCAAAAAGACUAUAAAAUGUUUCCACCUUCCGUAAAUUGGGACAACAUUGACUGGUCUACCAGGAGGCCACAAAUGGAUUUCCCUGUACAGAGCGCAAUAUGCUCCUUGGAGGACGUGAACGUGGGGAGGAAUGGAAAGAUAGCUAUAAAAGGAUAUGCAGUUUCAGGAGGUGGGCGUGGAAUUGAACGAGUUGAUAUAUCCACCGAUGGUGGUAAAACCUGGAAGGAGGCUUCUAGAUACCAAAAACCCGGUACUCAGUACAUAGCCGAUGAUGAAAAAAGCGAUAAAUGGGCAUGGGUACUUUUUGAAGCCGAGGCUGAUGUAAACUCCAACACAGUGAUAGUUGCCAAAGCAGUAGACACAGCUGCAAAUGUCCAACCUGAAAAGGUUGAAGACGUCUGGAACUUGAGAGGAAUUCUAAACACUUCAUGGCAUCGCGUUCUUGUGCAAGUGAGGCAUUCAAGCAUGUAAAGUUAUACAAACAUGGCGACACACCGACACAGAAGCAUGCAAUAAUACAAUCAGGGUGGUAAUAUAUCAAUAAUCCCUCUACUGUUUUCUGCAUCCCUUACUACAAACUUCAGGAGUUAUUUUGUUGCCGGUUUUUGUAACAUAAAUUAAUUUUUAUGCAUGUUUAAGCAUGGACAUGCAACCUUUUGAAAGUUUCCUUGGUAAUGUUUAUUGAUGAUCUAGUUCUGAUUGAACAUUGUGUACCAUUAAUUAUGAAUCACUACAUUUUCGCUCGCUAAA